AUGAAGAGCUUCAUCUUGAAAACAGCUUUUCUUCUCUGUAGCCUCAACUGGGUCUCUGUCUCAGUUUCUGAGUCUGAGACUGUGGAGGUCCAGCCUGGUGAAGAAGCCACACUGCUGUGCUCCAACAUGUCAACAAAUCCAACUACGACAGAGUGGAUCAGAGUGGUCAACCAAACCAAAGUCAGCUGCAUUUCCUCUAUGUAUGGGUCUAAUGGGAAUCCUAAAUUCUGUGAUGGAUUCAAAAAUGGGAAAUUCAAAAUGAGUUCCAACAUCUCUGCUGUCUUUCUUAAAAUCGCAAAAGUGGAUUUAUUAGACUCUGGACUGUAUUUGUGUGGAUUUUACUUGGAUGGACACACACGACUUAAAGGAAUAUACUUAAAUGUUCAAGAAGAGUCUGAUGAAAAUACAAGGCUGAUGAGUGUGAUCCUGGGUGGUCUGGCUGUUUUCCUUCUAAUGGUCAUCAUCGGUCUGGUUGUUAAAAUCAUGAACUUUCAGACAAGUACUGCCAUUAAUGAAGAAGGGCAUCCACCAAAAAAUGAGAACUUUGAUGACCUCAAAGAUGGAGCAUUGAGAUUGUAUUUGCCAACAAUAAGAAGGAGGCCUGCAUCACAGAGGGAAGUGGAGACUCAGGUUAUUUAUGCUGCCAGCAGAUAG